GGCGCGGCCGGAGGGGGCGUGACCGGAGCGGGUAUAAAUAGGGCCGCUGGGGGGCGGCUGGACGGAGUGACAGGCUUGAGGGGCGGUUGAGGAGGCGCGUGUCGCCGAGUGAGCAGCUUCUUUGGAGAAGAUCAAACUCUAAAAUGGCAGGCAAAGGAAGUAAUACUGAUUGCAUGUCAUGCAGUGUACUGAGCUGGGAGCAGGUCAGCCGUCUGCAUGAGGUUCUGACAGAGGUGGUUCCAAUCCAUGGACGGGGCAACUUCCCAACACUGAAGAUAACCCUGAAGGACAUUGUUCAGACUGUUCGCAACAGGCUGGAUGAGGCAGGCAUCCAAGUACAUGAUGUCCGGCUGAAUGGUUCUGCAGCUGGUCACGUCUUGGUCAAGGAUAAUGGACUGGGUUGCAAAGAUCUGGACCUAAUUUUUCAAGUGUCCCUUCCAACUGAAGCUGAGUUUCAGCUAGUCAGAGAUGUGGUGUUGCGGUCCCUCUUAAACUUCUUGCCAGAGGGGGUGAGCAAACUAAAAAUCAGCCCAAUGACACUGAAGGAAGCCUACAUCCAGAAGCUAGUGAAAGUAUGCACAGAGACGGACCGAUGGAGCUUAAUAUCUCUCUCCAACAAACAUGGCAGGAAUGUAGAGCUGAAGUUUGUAGAUCGCAUACGACGACAGUUUGAGUUCAGUGUGGACUCUUUCCAAAUCAUACUAGAUGCCUUGCUUUUUUACUAUGACUGCUCAGAAAAUCCUAUGUCGGAGCACUUCCAUCCAACUGUAAUUGGGGAGAGUAUGUAUGGAGACUUUGAGGCAGCCUUUGAUCACCUCCGAAACAGACUGAUAGCUACCAAGAAUCCUGAGGAGAUCAGAGGUGGUGGGCUCCUGAAGUACAGCAACCUCUUAGUGCGGGAUUUCCAGCCCAUGGACAAGGAGGAGAUUAAAACUCUAGAGCGCUACAUGUGCUCCCGGUUCUUCAUAGACUUCCCUGACAUCCUGGAUCAGCAGCGCAAACUGGAGACUUACCUCCAGAACCACUUCUCCAAAGAGGAGAGAAGCAAAUAUGACUAUCUCAUGAUCCUGCGCAGGGUGGUAAAUGCGAGCACAGUGUGCCUCAUGGGACAUGAGCGGAGACAGACUCUCAACCUGAUCUCGCUGCUAGCACUUAGAGUGUUGGCAGAACAAAACAUCAUACCUAAUGCCACUAAUGUUACCUGUUAUUAUCAGCCAGCACCUUAUGUCAGCGAUGGGAACUUCAGCAACUACUAUAUUGCAAACUCUCCCAUCCCCUAUAGCCAGUCUUAUCCCACCUGGCUGCCUUGUAACUAAUCUCUAACUUGAGCAUUUCUUAAAUAGGAUCUUGUGGUGGGAACCAUUAAUCACCAGAGGCUUUCUAAAGGGAAUCUGUGGCUUACCUCUGGCUCUGCUGUUUUCCUGGUGUGCAGUGUGAUCACACCACUAGGUUCCUAGCUAAAAAAAAAAAAAGCACCUUUCAGGACCCUCUGUACAAAAGCCACAAGAAGCCUUAUUGCCCUUUUGUUAGGGGAAGGGAUCCUAUGGCCUCAUGUUUGGAAUUAGUUAGUUAUAAAUUUUUGAGGACAUGGCUGUUGCACAUUUGAUUUAGGUACUGUAAUAGAGCUGCAUACUGAGAGGAAACUGUGCAAGAAUAACUUGUACAGAACCAAAGACAUUCUGUCCUAGAGCAGCAACAAGAUCAUUCUGUGUGUUCCUUAUUGCCUCCCCUGCUCACUUUACACUCCCUCAAUCUCAAGUCCUGGUCAGCUUUUUCCAUUGGAAGCUCUUGCAUAAGCUGUUCCCCCAACAGCUCAUGCUGUGCAUGAGCAUCUUGUACUUUCUGGCUUUACAGAAUGGCUCACUGUAGGGACACUAUCCUUUUUCAUGGAGGGGCUCCAGAGUUUACUGGUUCCUGCAGUAGCUGUGUAUUGCUUUUCUAGAGAGUUGAAAAUUGAUUUCUUGAGGAGUUUGACAGUGGGGCAGGUUUGAAAUACUCUUUGGGUGUCAAGUUUCAGAAGAGAAUUUCUCAGAUGACCAAUUCCCCAGAAUGUUAACUCAUGUACUAAAGACUGAAGUCCUUAACACAAUUAAAGCUUCAAAAACAAUUACAAGUAUUGAAAUAAUGUUUGGGUAAAAAAAAAAAUGUCUGAAGCCUGCCCUUCUAAAGGAACUGGAACCCCUUUUUUGACUGGGCAACCCUUCCCAGGAAUGUCUUUCACAGCGUUCCAAUAGGAAUAGCACACCUCCUAUGUUAAAGCUCAGCUUAACAUGCCCUUUCUUCGCCACCACGUACAGUACUAAGAAGGCAUGUUUGUUUCUCCUAAAUUGUAGGAUGAGGUGUGCCUAUCUGGCACACUCCAAACACCCAACCUUUUCUCAAAUAUAUUUAGAUAUUUACCAAGUGCCUCCUACAAAUGCAUAUAUUCCUGUACACCUUUGGGCAGGACCAAACACUUUCCCUUAUGGAAAGUAAUCUAAUAACUUCCUGUCUCAAACUGAAAAUGCUCCUUUCAGAGUUCAACAAUAGCCCUUUCACAAGUUCAUAGCAUCAGAUAAGCUGUUUGGAGACCUAUUGAAAUUCUCCUCUGUUUCUUCACUACAAUUUCAUAUAAUUGUUAAAUAGUGUGGCACAAACACAGAACUCCCCACAAAGACUGAAUAAGGCAGAAAUCAGGCCAUACUGUGUUAUGAGUAAUCUCUGAAGUGGAGACCCCUUUUCUGUGAAGGAGAGGAUUGCUCUUCAAAGGAGUAUGUGUCUUGAAUCUAGUUAAAUGGUGGAUGCUUAGCUUGUUUGUCUUGACCCUUCCUAACUAAUAGAGAAGGGUCAUAUCUACAUUGCUGUUAAACACCCAUUGAGGGGCUGAAGCUGUAAAAUUGCAGUGUAGAUGUUUGGGCUCAGGCUGGAGCCUGGGCUCUGGGACCAUCCUCCCACCUUACGGGGUCCCUGGGCUCAGGCUGGAGCCUGAGCCCAAACAUCUACACUGCAAUUUUACAGCCCUACAGCCUGAGCUAGCUGACAGUGGGUGUCUAAUUGUAGUGUAGACCUAACCAAAGGCUAAAAAUCCCAAAUCUUCCAGAGUUCUCCAUAGGAGGGUCAGGAAGCUUAUUGGCACAUUAACCCAUAUGAUUAUUUAGAUGCCUAGUAGUGAAACAUGGAUUAAGUACAGUCCAGCAGAGGACCUGGCAGUCUUUGGUUUUCUUUCCCAGAAGUGGAAAGAGGGUAAAAUGAUAACCUACACAUGGUAACCUUCAAAUAGACUUAGCCAAUAUUUAAGCAUGGCUUUGCAUAACUUUUUUCUUACCAUCUUCAGUAAGUUGAAGUUACAUCUGUCUUCUCCUCUUUGAGCCUGGGGUGAUACUUCAAUAUCUGGAAUUGCAAUAACUUAACUGUCAAGUAUUAAGCACAGGAUUCAAACUUCUCUACAGAAUGAAGUAGAAAGUAAGAUGAGGACCCAAAUCUUCAGAACUAAAGGUGAAGGGCAAAAGCAGUGGUUGGGCAACGCUCCUCUGGCACACCAUAGAAGGCUGUUUCUUGCUAGAAUAAAAUUCCUCUAAUGCCCCUUUGUCAAAAGGAUAAAAUUCCCUCCUCCAAUAAAAAGCUAUUGGUAUGUCUGACUCUUGGAUGGCAGACUCAUAAGGACCACUUCAGCAGGACAGAUGUAAAAUAUGAAACACUUAGUUUUAGUUAUUCAGUUAGCAUAACCUUGGCUAGGUAGGAGUCUAAAGUAGAGAAGAAAAAACUUCAGCCUAACCUGAAGCAUUCGUUUAAAAAUAUCAAACAGUCUUAUAAACAGCUGACUUUCAAAAAUGAGUAUCUAGCAACUUCAUUGACUUAACUGGGGGGCUUCUAGGUGCUCAGCACUACUUCAUGCUGCCAAGUAUAAAUCAAGACACCUACUCCUAAAAAAUCUUGACUUGUGCAUCUAAGUGUGGCGUUUCCUUGCCAUGUUCAGAAAGAAAGAUUGAACCAGUUUGAAAACUUAGUCUUUUUCUAAAGUUCAUGUGGUUACCAAAUCUACUGACUAUCUACCUUAUUGUCUAAAGCCAAAAUCUUCAGACCCAGGCACGUAAGCUUACCAAAAGUGGUGCACAGGAGUAAAUCAAACACAGGUAGUUUUGGGUUCUCCAAUGCCACUAACAAGGACUCCUAGUAAGGGAGGAGGAGAACUCUCUAAGAGGAUCACAAGAGUAAAACUAUACCUCAAAUAUUGUCCCUUUUUAAUGGUUUUUAGUCUCUGUUAUCAAUACCUGAACUAUCCUUUAUACUAACUUUAAUACCAACCCCCUUCCUGAAAGGGGCAUGUUUCUUUCCAUCUCAAAUAGAUGUGUAUAUGAGUCAAAGCUGUUUUCUCUUCUAGGAUCUAAUGGCUAGAUCUUUAAGAAAACAAAACAAAAAAACCCACAUCUUUGCUCCUGUUUUGAUGCCUGAAGGAAGUAGGCAGAUUCUUAUGUGUACAACUCCCCUCUUGUGAGAGCUGCUGAUUGCUGAGAUCUCUCAAAAAAAUCUAGCCCUAAAGUCUUACUAACUGUAAUAAAUCCUACUACUGCAGAUCUGCCUAGGUGGUAUUGCUGCAUCUACCCUAAACUCAAAGGUUGGGGGUGGUGGGGGGGAAUCAAGGCCAGAAAUCUGGCUGCCAGGAAGUUACCCAGCAAGGGUAACCAUCUUUCUAGGAGAGGAAGAAAGUCAGAGGAAAAGGCUAUGGAUCCCUCUGGAGCCAGGGUAGCUAAGCUCUAGUUUCAGGAAACAUUGUUUUGUUUCCCCUUGUUCAAAGUGCUGGUGUAGUAACCAGAUUCCUGAGUUGCGGAGCCACAUGCUAGAUGGCGACCCUGGCUCAGUAUCUUCCUAAUGGCCAGCUUCCUGGCUUUAAUUUUUUUAUGUUGAAAUACUCUUCCCCACCCCCAGUCUGCAUUCCUAAAGUUAAGGUCUUAAAGCCAUAUCUAGCUCUACCAGGCUCACAACUGGCACUGGCAAAGAGUAUUGCUAGAAUGUACUUUAUUUCCUCUGUACUGCCUCCACCGCAAUCCUGGCCUAAUGAUGAGGUAGAGCUGGAGUAAUAAAUAGCCUCGCAUAAGGUGCUACUACUAGUCCAGCUUUUCUCUAUUUCAGAAUAUUCUUGGCAACCUAUUCACUGGCUUAUCUAAUUUUGUAAGUCCAUCUUUUUUAGCACUGGGUAACAUGAGAAUGAGCACUAGGAAGAGUUUAAGUAGAAGCCUUAACCUAAAUUUAGGCUGCUCACUUAAUUCAGUCUCCCUUAGUGGUAUUAAUGAUGCCUUUGCAACUAGGCUUUGUGCUGCCAUUGCAUGCUUCUGGUUCAAGUACAGGUUGAAUGUGGGGUAAGAGGCUGAACUGCAAUAGUUAAUACCACCUGCCUGGGUAUUGGAAGCAAAACUUAUACUAGCACUAUCACAUCUCACUCUUGCAGGAGCAGCUUCACAAGUCUUCAAAAACACCAGCAAUGUAACUUAGUCUAAACAACACUUGAGCCACAGGAGAAUCGUUUACCAGUUUUGCUGGGCUAGCCUGACUUGAGACUAAGUGUGUCUACAUGCAAUCGGGAGUGACUGCAGGAUGUGUGGACAUACACAGGUUGCAGUCACCCUGAUUGCAAUGUAGCCAUAACUAUAGGCAGUACUAUGUGCCCUCUUGAAAUCUAAUCUCUACUCCUAAGGCUUGGUCUGUACUAUCAACUAAUGUCUGUAUUACUACGUUGCUCAGGGGUGUGGAAAAUCCACACCCCUGAGUGACAUAGUUAUACUGACCUAACCCCUGGUGUCAACAGUACUGUAGUGAUGGGAGGGCUUGUCCCAUCACCGUAACUACUCCAUGUUGGGGAGGUGGAGUACCAAUGCUGAUGGGACAAGCUAUCCUGUUGGUGUAGGUAGUGCUUAAAGUCCUAAGACUUCUUAUUGUAUCUCUUCUCUCCCGUCCCCCCAAAUUUUUUUUAGAGGAGGUGGAGCUACUGCUCUAAUGAACUGUUAAUGCACAUUAGGCUAGUGCACCCAAACAUUUAGACCACAACAGGUACUCUGAAUGACCACCUCUGUGUGAUUCAUAGCUACUCUGAACUGGUGUGAGGACAGCAGCAUUUUACCUUUAUUGCAAAUUAAGGGAAGAGCAAAUGUUACCAUAUUUAUCCUCUGCUUACCCAGUUAUCAGUUAGACUGGCGGCUAAAGCAUACUUUUUAAGGAAGCAGGUGGUGACCCUACCUCUAAAUGCCCUAUUCACUUCUGAUUUUUUUAUACUUAUGUUCAAAUACUAGCUGCUUUAAUUUUAGCUGAAAUUUUCACCCCUUAGAACAAUAUAACGGAAAUAACUCCAAUUUUCAUACCAGAGUGACCUGCUGUUGGAGACAAGCACUUGGUAUUUACAUACUACCUAUAUUUCAGGGGUUUCUAUUGCUGACUAAUGAUGUGAUAACUCUUGACUUCCUGUUCAUUGAGAGGUUUGAACAGGGAACUUAGAAGAGAAAUAGUCUUAAAUUAAAAGGAAACUCAAAUAUAAGCCUUCAGCCCAUCCUUCAACUUGGAAUAUUCCCUCUCCUUUACUGAGGGACAUGCCACACUGCACUGGAUCAGGGUGUAGUAUUUUUGUGUGGCAGGAAACAAGAGUAACAGGAAACCAGUUCCUGUCACAGUUGGCUCAGAGUCCAGGUCAAGUUUGGGCAUUCAGAGGAACAUUCUCAGCCUUGCUAAUAUCUGAUGGGAAGACUGACUAGUGCUUCCAAGUGCUGAAGUCUUGCUUACCUGUUGCUCUUCACAGUAGUUAAAAUGUAUUAGUCUAUAUCUCCUUUUGAUUGGACUAAAGGGCUUUUGAAAGGAAAACUGGGCUGCAUUCAUGGACACUGGAAAAAUUAAAGGUCAGAACUUCGUUCUUUUUUUGUUCCUCAUGUGUAAAUGGAAGGUGAAACAGCCACUCAUUUGAGGCAUUUAGAAUAGUUCAGUUUUCUUUUUUCCUUAACUGACUAAAGUGAUGUGAUAUUCUUGCUUUAGGUCUGGGAGGAGCCUGUUCUGUAUUUGUCCUCAACAAGUGGCUUUUUUGUUUUAAUAGCAAACUGUUUAAAAGCCAGUUCCAGAAACCUGCCCAGGGGUACUUGGGAGAAACUGAUUUUAUUUUUAUUUUUAAUUUGAGAUGGGGUUGGGGAGUUGGCACAGCUUGGCGUAGUCUCUGGAGGAUUUUCAAACUUAUGAUGAGCCCCCAGUGCUUAGGUAGGGCCUAUCUCAGAAUGGUUGGUCACUUUUAACUUGCUCACUCCCAUGCACUGUGAUCUCAAAUUUAUUUUGUUAUGUUUAAAAUAAAAAUGUUGGAUGUUGGACCUUAA